AUGGCCGGUUACCAAAGAUCCAUGAGUUUUUCAGAAAGGCGCGGAAGCGCCCUCAGCGACGACUUGAGUCUUAGCACCACCACCAGCCCUAUGAUUAACCACCGGUUGGAAAAGCUGCCCGAACAGCAACGGCAUUUGCGCGGGCCCCCGACUCCCAGCAUGUCGACGCCCGCAGCAGACUUUGAUCAACAACUUACUGGCUCGCCCCCACCGCCUCCCACGCCAGCCGCAUCUCCGGGUCCAUCGCAUUUCCAACCAGAUUGGAGUGAUGCUGCCGACGAUGAAGACUUCUUUCUCGCCAAAGUCCGCCAACAUUUCAAGAACUGUUCCGGUCCCCAGCGAACCAGGGUCUUGGCAGAUUUACUAAAUCUCUGCACAAGCCAACAAUUGAGCUUCGUUCAUCAAUUUGUCAGCCCGUUAUUGAAGAAGGAUCCAUUCACGAGUCUUCCUGACGAAUUAUGUCUUCGGAUACUGUCUUUUAUCGACGACCCCAAGGUUUUGGCACGAGCCUCUCAGGUUUCAAAGCGAUGGCGAGAUCUCCUGAGCGACGACAUGACAUGGAAGAAUCUAUGUGUAAAACACGACUACGGACGCCGACUGUCAGAGGUUUACACGCAUGCUCCUAAUUUCUCCCCAAGACCUUCUGCACAGCCCCUUCAUGGACUUGAUGCCGACCUCGCCAAUAUGAACCUAUCCAGCAUGCGCCCUUACUCAUACGCUUCGGGCACCCGGUCUUUUGAUGGGCAGAGUGCGUCGGGCAGACCCAGGCUACGGACCUACAAAUCUCACUUCAAACAACGAUACUUGGUAGAGGCUGCUUGGAGGUCUGGUGGUACCAGCACAACACGAAACAUUACACAAGAAGGUGGUGUUGUUACAAGCUUACAUUUAACGCCCAAGUAUAUCAUUGUGGCGCUUGAUAAUGCUAAGAUCCACGUAUUUGAUACCGAAGGAGAUUCGCAACGCACUCUGCAAGGGCAUGUUAUGGGUGUUUGGGCUAUGGUCCCCUGGGAUGAUACAUUGGUCAGCGGAGGCUGUGAUCGUGACGUGCGAGUCUGGAACCUCAAGACUGGUGCCUGUCUACAUACCUUGAGAGGCCACACGUCGACUGUUAGAUGUUUAAAAAUGGCGGAUGCGAACACCGCGAUUUCAGGAUCUCGAGAUACCACUCUGCGAAUUUGGGACAUUCGAACUGGCCUCUGCAAAAACGUUCUUGUCGGACACCAGUCUAGUGUUCGGUGUCUUGAGAUCAAGGGCGACAUUGUUGUAUCCGGUAGCUACGAUACAUUCGCGCGGGUAUGGAGCAUUUCUGAAGGCCGCUGUCUUCAAACUUUGCAGGGUCAUUUCAGCCAGAUCUAUGCAAUUGCCUUUGAUGGCAAACGAGUUGUUACAGGCAGUCUGGACACAAACGUCAGGAUCUGGGACCCGACUUCUGGUGAAUGCUUGGCUAUUCUUCAAGGCCACACAUCCCUUGUUGGGCAACUUCAGAUGCGUGGGGACACGUUAGUUACGGGUGGAUCAGAUGGAUCAGUCAGAGUUUGGUCGCUGGAGAAGAUGUGCCCGAUUCACCGUCUUGCAGCCCAUGAUAAUAGCGUCACAAGUCUGCAGUUUGAUGAUACUCGAGUCGUGAGUGGCGGCAGUGAUGGCCGAGUUAAGAUAUGGGAUCUCAAGACUGGACAUCUCGUUCGAGAACUCAUCGCUCAAGGUGAAGCUGUCUGGAGAGUUGCCUUUGAGGAUGAGAAGUGUGUUGCUCUGGCCUUGAGACAAGGGCGUACAGUGAUGGAGGUAUGGUCGUUCUCGCCACCUGAAGAGGUACUCUACGACCGCCCUCUCACGCUUCAACAGCGAGUGCUAGAGGACGACCCCAGUCGCCCGUUGAGUGCCAUGGCUAUUGACUAUCGCUCUUCACAACCAACGCUGGCCGGCCCCAGCCAAGACGCCUCAGCCCAAGAUGUUGACAAGCAUGACGCCGGUCCAUCAACGGCCCCUUUACAAGGUGUUACGUUCUUCCACGACGACUAG